AUGAAUCAGCUGAAACCAGGACCCGCAAAUUCAACUCCUCUUACCCCGAUUGGUUUCCUAGGAAGAGCAGCCACAAUCUAUGGCGACUGCCCUUCUGUUGUGUACAACAGCAGGACUUACACGUGGUCGGAAACCCAUGAAAGAUGCCUCAGAGUAGCUUCUUCGCUUGUUUCUCUGGGAAUCAAAAGAGGACAGGUGGUUUCCGUGGCGUCUCCGAAUGUUCCAGCUAUGUACGAAGCUCAUUUUGCUGUCCCAAUGGCCGGGGCUGUUCUUAAUACGAUCAAUCUCCGUCUUGAUGCCAGAAUGAUUUCUAUCCUUCUUCAUCACAGUGAGUCAAAGCUCAUCCUUGUCGAUUACCAAUCAGCUUCUUUGGUUGUUGAAGCAUUAUCGUUGUUUCCACCGAAUUCUCAAUUGCCCCGGUUAGUGCUCAUCACCGACGACGGCGAUUCAUCGUCGAUUCCAUCAAAUUUUUACUGCUCGUAUGAAGCUCUGGUGGAAACAGGGGACCCCUGUUUCAAAUGGGUUCGUCCGGAAUCCGAUUUCGAUUCGAUUUCAUUGAAUUACACCUCGGGAACAACCUCAUCGCCAAAAGGGGUGGUCCACUGUCACAGAGGGAUAUUCACAAUCACUGUUGAUUCCUUAAUUGAAUGGUCGGUACCAAAAGAGCCGGUCUAUUUAUGGACACUUCCGAUGUUCCACGCCAAUGGAUGGAGCUUCCCUUGGGGUAUGGCUGCUGUCGGCGGUACCAAUAUUUGCCUCCGGAAAUUCGAUGCGGCCAUUGUUUAUUCCGCCAUCCGCAAGUACAAGGUUACCCAUAUGUGCGGAGCACCGGUUGUGCUGAACAUGAUCUCAAGUUUUCCCCGGAAUGAACCUCUUCAGUACCCUGUUCGUAUCUUAACAGCCGGAGCUCCUCCUCCGGCGCCGAUCCUUUUCAGGACGGAAUCACUGGGAUUUGUUGUCAUGAUGCAUCCGGAUGGGUACUUGGAGAUUAAGGACAGGUCAAAGGAUGUGAUCAUCAGCGGUGGGGAAAAUCUGAGCAGUGUGGAGGUGGAAUCGGUGCUGUACACGCAUCCGGCGGUGAAUGAGGCGGCGGUGGUGGCGCGGCCCGACGAGUUUUGGGGAGAGACUCCUUGUGCAUUUGUGAGCUUGAAGGUUGAUGCAAAGGGGAAGACUGAAGAGAAGGAUGUGAUUGAUUUCUGCAGGGGUAAACUGCCCAAAUACAUGGUGCCUAAAACGGUGGUGAUCAAGGAUGAACUUCCCAAGACUUCCACCGGGAAAAUUCAGAAGUAUUUGCUUAGAGAAAUGGCCAAGAACCUUGGUCCUUCAAAAGUCAUCAGAUAG